CUCCCCAUGAGUGGGUCACUCCACAAGGAGACAGACACAACAGAGGCAAGAGGGAGUCCUACAGGACCGCAAGGAGAUGCCACCUAAGACCAAAGAAAAAAGGAUGAAAGCUGAGGCACAGAAGAAGAAAAAGAAUGCAGAUGUGGAGACUGAAUCCAUGCACAGGCUGACAGUGUUGGAAAUGGAAUUGCUCCGAGACCACUUGGCUCUGUGGAAGGGUGAGGCCCGCCGAGCCAAGGCUUCUGAAGACCAGCUGAAGCAGAGGUUGCAAGGGCUGGAGGCUGAACUGGAGGGGGCCCGAAGUGAAGGGAAAGCCAUAUAUGCAGAGAUGAGUCGUCAGUGCCAGGCCCUGCAAGAGGAGAUGGAGACCCGCAGCAGGCAGCUGGAGCAAGAAAUGAGGGGCCUUCGGGAGCAGCUAGAGACAUGCCAGAGGAAGGCUGAGGUUGCACAGAGAGAGGCCGAGCAGGCCCUCAGAGAGUGGGACCGGACUCUGGCUCAGCUUCGGACCCAGGUGGCAGACAUGGAGGCCAAGUAUGAGGAAAUCUUACAUGGUAGCCUGGACUGGCUCUUGGUGAAGCUGAGAGCCAUCAAGCCUCAGUGGAAGGCGGCUGUGCUGAGACUCCACACCAGGCACAAGGAGCAGCUCCACCAGUUUGGACAACCCCCUGGAUCUUUGAGGCUGUAAGCAUAUAGUCUCUGGGGCUCUCUGAGGCCCCAGCAAUAAAGCUGUCUUGAUGUAGAAGUCAACAGAACUGGGGGUUGUGGCUUUUUGGCAAAGGUGAGUGCCUCUCAUGGGAACAUCUCGGCUCUGGGCUGACCCACUAUCCUGAAGACUAAAUGAUAGGAGAGAAAUUUGACCAGGGCUCAACCCUUUUCCUAGAGAAACUGGGUCCCACCCCUUGAGUCUGGGGCCCUUUUGGUCCCUUCAAACUGCCGCCUCCCACCCCCAACCAUACAAACACAAGCAGCCAGAUUUGUAGGGAAAGGCCACUUCCAUAAUGGAUGAACAGUGAUGACGCCCCAGCCUCCACAAUCCUAAGGUGUCCAGAGGGAAGGUGUAACUGGUCUCCAAACUCUUGCAAUACAUUCCAGAGUCCUGGAAUCAUAUCUAGGGCAAGUUCCAGAUGGCUUCAAUCCUAGCCACCCUUAUAGCCCACCUGAAAAGGGAAUAUUCUAUCUCUCCAUUCUACUACAGCACUCUCAGUACUACUUUACUUCUGGUCACCGAAUGUGUAGGGGUUUUUCCCACACCAAGCAAUUCUCCAACUCUUCUGUGGACACCAGCUCAGUGACCUAUAAUUUAACUCAAUUCUGACACUAUCUACCUGGAGAUCCCACAGAUGAUAAGGACUCAGACCCAGAAGAUGCCAAUCUUAAGCCAAGAUUGUCACCUGUGCUUCUGACCCACUGGCUAUAAAUCAGAGAAUCCCAUAACCUCCUACUGGGGUUCUAUCAUUUGCUAGAGCAUCUCACAGAACUCAGAGAAACAGUUUACUUCCUCAAUUACCGGUUUAUUAUAAAAGAUACAACUCAGGAACAGCCAGACGGAAGAGAUGCCGAGGGCAGGGUUUGGAUAUGGAAGCUCAUUCACAUGUUCAGUAACUGAACUGGGACGUUCUCCGAACCUAGUCCUUUGGGGUUUUGUUUGUUUGUUUGUUUGUUUGUUUUUUCAGUAUUACUUAAGCCUCAUUUAUUUUAGGUUCUUUGAUAAAUACCUCAGUAUUUAUUUGUAAAUGUGAGAAUUCACAUUCUAGUAACUGGAAAACUAAAAUUUCACAUACCAACAAAUUUACUCAAUAUUGAUGUAACUAUACAAAAUUUUAUAUGCAACAUGUGGACCUUAUUACAGAAUUUGGCCUUUGUAAACUAGCUUACACAUCAACAAAGUUACUCAUUGUCCUAACCUAUUAACUGUUGCACCAACAGACCCCCUUCCAUAGCUUUUUAUCAUGUAAACAGAUGAUUCCUUCCCUUAAGACAAGGUGAGAAAUCCCAAAGUUCCCACCCAGAAAAUGUUAACCCCAAAUUAUCAAAUUCUAAAGCUUCAGCAGAUGUAACACCAGAAAUAGGCUAUGGGCAACUCUAAAUCUCUUAUCUAAGUAGUACUAUGGGAAGUUACUGUGUUGACCAAAAGAACACACAGGUUUCUCAUUAAACUUUGUUUUAAUGGGUCUCAAAAUUCUGUGACAGAUUUUUGGUCAAGUUGUUUCCAUUAAAAAGUACUGAUUUUAAAAACUAAUAAUUUAAAAACUGCCACACAAAAA